CAGUCUCGUUGUACCCUUUCUGCCCUCGCCUGGUCUGUAGCAUGCUCGGUUGUUGCCCGUCAUCCACCGAUCAUGGCGUCUGAAUUUAUCGGGUACGAUGUGCUGGUGACGUUGCGAGCGCCACCAAAUGCAACCGUGCAAGGAGAAGUGGCCAAUGUCAUCGGGCAGCGUCUAAUGCUUCGGAACGUGAAGCUAUCGUGGAUUACACAUCCGAUCCCAACCUAUUCUGUCGAAGCCCCCGACAUUGCGGACCUGUGUAUAGCACCCUCCGGCCCGUCGCCGCCCUCUGCUCAGCAACCCCCUGCUCCCCCGGAGGCAGUGAGCUCCCCCUUUGCGCCACCAGCCCCACCCGCAGCGCAGUCCUUCGUGGAUCCCGCAAUUCUGAGUUUCUCGAAACCUCCCUCCAAACCUAUUGGCCAGAGCUUAGAAACAGGGGCCACAGCAGCAGCAGCAGCAGCAGCAGCAGCAGCGCCGCCGCGGCCGCCGGCUCAAUCCGCCCCCAUCAAUCGGUCAAUUGCUCAUCAUCUCCAGCUCUCGCAGCAGGUCACCCGCGACCAGGCCGCAGUACUCAAUGAACCGUUCAGCAACCUGGAACUGGAUGUCAACAAGACCGCAAUCGAGAGCGGAAAUGCCGCGCAAACUGGACCUCCCUUACAACCAAGCCUACACUACGGACCCAAGACCAACCGUCGCGGUGGUCCGCCGAAGGCCCCGAAGGUGUUAAAUGAGCACGAUGGAGCGGCGAACACGAAUCCCAAGACGAGGGGCUGGCGCCAGACGGCCUUUACCGAACCCUCCCACCCACAGUUCGCGGAGACGCGCAACAAGCAGCGUCGGAAGAAGAAAGGGAGAGCCAGCUAUGCCGAGGACCCAAAUGGCUGGGCGACGGAGGACGCUACGGAUAUCCAGGAAUUGGGCGAGUUCGAUUUCCAGAGCAACCUCUCCAAGUUUGACAAGAGACGCGUUUUUGAGGAGAUCCGCAAUGAUGAUACUACCGCCGAUGAGGAACGACUUGUCAGCUUCAACAGAAGGCCGAAACCGGGAACAAAUGGUGGGAAGAAUUUACACUGGACGGAGAAUGUUCUUGAUAGUCUCGAGGAGAGCGAGGAGGAACUUACCGACCACGUACCCAGCGACGCAAAGCUAAGUAGUGGGACUUAUUCAGGGCGUGAACGAACGAGAUCGUCCAUGGGACCUGCCUCCCGCAAGGGAAGUGCAAUCCUCGGACAGCCGUUAGUCCCUGCCCAGGUCAAUUCGCUGGGUCGCAGCCAGUUGAGCACUUCUCGAACGACCAGCCCGCGUCCGAACAAGACACCCGUCUCCGCAUCGCCGAUAAGCGGGCCUGGUGUACCUGGUGCCUCUCUGCGACUCACGACUACCAACCGAAGCUGUCCAACCGUGAGUCCGUUACAGACUCUGGAGGUCGAGCAGAUUGCUGUUGCCGAACUUGGCCUCACUGAGGACAUGAUAACCGAAAACACCGGUCGCGGCAUCGCCGAGGCCGCAGUCGGUCUGUUGUCCAGUGAUGCAGCCGCCCCAACAAUGCUGAUACUCACGGGCAAUCAUCGUACUGGAGCAAGAGCCAUCUCCGCGGCUCGUCAUCUGCGCAACCGCGGCCACCGUGUCACGGUCUGCAUGCUAGGCAUUGAGCACGAAAACGAGCUGUUGGAGAACUGUCGCAAGCAACUUGAUGUGUUCAAGAAGAUCGGUGGUCGCGUACAUCGGUGGGAAGACCUCUCUGCCCGACUGUCAACCUCCGAGUUUGCGCCCGAUCUGGUGGUCGAUGCGCUCUUUGGUAUUCACAUUGCGUUCGAAGAACUCCGUACAGACGACCAAGCAACUGCCUUUGAAAUGAUCUCGUGGGCGAACCGAAGCAAUCUCGAAGUGUUGUCUGUGGAUGUUCCGUCUGGUCUUUCUGCUAUCAGUGGUGAAGCGACAGUGGUGGAGGGCGGCCGAGUGUGCAUCAACGCCAAGUCGGUUGUGUGUCUUGGUGCUCCCAAGACCGGUAUCAUCAACGCCCUGCUCUCCGGAGAGGGACUUUCUUGGAAUCUCUCGGUGGCCGACAUUGGAAUCCCUCAGAUCGUGUGGCGUAAAUACGGCAGUCGACGGCGCCAUGGAAUUGACUUUGGCAACCGGUGGGUGGUGCCGCUACGCUACCACCCGCCUCCUAUCACGCACUCGGAAUGGGCAUCGGAAGAUGCGUUCUCGGCCAGCGCAGGGGCGGGGGUAUCGCGGGCGAAACGAGGGGGCGUGGACACGAGUUUCAAGCGGCUGCCGUUUAACUUUUGCUCGCUGUCGCUGCAACCGUUCGCGCACCCAGUAUGCACUCCCGAGGGCACGAUCUUCGACCUGACCAACAUCCUCCCGUGGAUCAAGAAGCACGGCACGAACCCCGUGAAUGGCGCGCCGCUCAAGACCGCCGACCUCAUCAAGCUGCACCUGGCCAAGAACGAGGCCGGCGAGUACGUCGACCCCGUCACGUAUAAGGUCUUCACGGAUAAUACGCAUAUCGUCGCGCUGCGGCCUACGGGGAAUGUGUUUGCCUGGGAUACGGUCGAGCGGUUGAAUAUCAAGGGGAAGCUGUGGAAGGAUCUCGUCACCGAUGCGGAAUUCACCCGCAAGGAUAUCAUCACGCUGCAGGAUCCGCAGAAUAUCGAGUCGCGGAACCUCAGCGCGUUUAAUUAUAUUAAGGAGGGUGAGAGCGGGUUGACUGAUGAGCAGAUUCGCGAGCGUGAGGAUCCUGCGAAUAAUGUUAAUGCCGGCGCCCUUGGCAGCUCGGCUAAGAUCCUCAAGGCAAGGGAAGCUGUCGCCAAGGCUCGCUCAGAGAGGGCUCUGCGCGCCGGCGGCGCUGCGGCUGCUGCCUCCUCGAGGGAUGUCGCCAGGGCUGGAUCUGGGGCUGGCGCUGCUGCCUUGUCGGCGCAGGCUGGCAGGAAGUUGCCGCCUGGGAAAGCCACGCCCUAUAAUGCCGCGCGCCAUACGACGGGGUUGGCUGCGGCGUCAUUCACCAGCACGGGUAUGACCCCGCACACGGCGGCCGACCUUGCGCUGCUCUCGGACGAGGAGUACAUGCUCAAGAGGGGCCGGGUCAAGCAGAAGGGCUAUGCGCGCAUUUCGACAACCUCCGGCGACAUCAACCUGGAGCUGCACACCGAGUAUGCACCCAAGGCCGUGUGGAAUUUCAUCAAGCUUGCCAAGAAGGGCUAUUACAGGGAUGUCACGUUCCAUCGCAACAUCAAGGGCUUCAUGAUCCAAGGCGGUGAUCCGUCCGGCACCGGUCGAGGAGGCGAGAGUAUCUGGGGCAAAUACUUCAACGACGAGUUCGAGGGCCCUCUCAAGCACGACUCGAGAGGAACUCUCAGUAUGGCUAAUAAGGGCAAAAACACGAACAGCAGUCAAUUCUUCAUCGCCUAUCGAGCCCUCCCUCAUCUGAAUAACAAACACACCAUCUUCGGCCAUGUCAUCGACGACCCGACCCCCUCGUCCCCGACCCUCAACAACCUCGAAUCCCACCCCACCAACUCCACCACCAACCGGCCCACCCCGGAUAUUCGCAUCGCCGACGUGACCAUCUUCGUGGACCCCUUCGAGGAGUUUCUCAAGCAGAAGCAGGUCGAGGAGGCCAAGGCCAAGGGCACCCUUACCGAUCCGGCGGAGGAGGAGCAGAGUGCACGCCGUGCGGAUGACGACCGGGUUACCUGGACGGGGAAACGGGUUCGUGGUGCCGGAGAUAAGUCUACGGAGGAGGCCUCGGCCGGCGUAGGCAAAUAUCUCAAAGCUGCCCUGGCCGAACGGGCAGGGCAGCAGCAGCAACUGGAAGAGGACGAAAUUGUGGAGUUUGUGGAUGAUGAGCCCGAGCCAGAACCGGUGCGGAAAAAGAUGAGAGGUGCUGGGGGUUUUGGAGACUUUAGCUCUUGGGAUUGAUUAGUGUAUUUUCGGGGUUAGAUUCUGAAGCGGUUGUCUCUUAAUGGGACGCUGUGAUAUGGCAUGGUUCUGGGCCAUUGGGUCUAUCUAUAUACAACAAAGCCCAUGGGCUUGAAAUCAAGCACUGAGAACAUGCAUAUUAUUUUAUUCAUUGUGAGAGAGAGAGAAGUAAAGUGGAUGAAGGAGUGGCUGAGUGAGUAAGUGGCGUCUGGGAGCUGUGUCACGAUGAUGCCGAUGCGCUUCACCUUCCUCUCUCUGGCUCUGUCUUUCUCCCACUCUGGCUCUCUUCGGCGUUGAAGUGCCGAUGUGCCCACCGCCAAGACCCAGGCUCGUCGUCGUCAUCGCCGGAGUUCCACAUCCACAAUUGCAGGCUCACCAUUUUGCCCGAUACAUCCCGACCGCCUACUAAGUAUAGUCAAGGCGGGUUUUGGCUGCACGCGCCUCGCCCCCUCUCUUUCUCCCAC